GAAAAAUUACAUCGAAAAGUGGCAUAUCUUUAGAGGGUGGAAGCAUGGGUGUAAGUAAUAAACUGAGAUUGAUAUUUACAAAUUUUUAUUUCAACGGUAGUUCAAUCAAAUCUUUAAUAGGAAAUUUGGAAGUUGUUAAAGGGCGACUUUUAAAACCAAAAGAUUCAAGCAUGUCUUCGCAUGGUUAUAAUCCACCAUCAAAUGUACGUGAAGCCACAUUACCUGAAGAUUCAAUAAACGAAACCACACUAUUAGAUGAAUCAGAAAAUAAUACCAUUGACCCCCUUUUUUCUGAGAUCACCGCCUAUUUUGUUGACCGUGGCUUUCAAGAAAGUCUUGUUAGAUCCUUUCUAGAGGGGGAGGUUCAUCUUGACAUCAGGACGAAUGCGGAACUUAUGUUCGAUUUUCUAGAAGAACGCCAGCGGUUGGAUCCAACAAUUUUCGUUGGCAUCGAGGGAAGUGGUGUAAGUGGUAUAGCAUCAGGUGAAGAUAAAAGAUUACUUGUGAAGUGGGGUCUUACAGAGGAAGCCGCAAGCGAACUCCGUAACAGUGUGUGUGAUGAUAUCAUCUGGUCUAAGCAGAUUUUGUAUCAUUGGUUAUUUGAAUGGAUUCACAAUCUGUGGGGUUCCUUCUCUCAGUUGAGUUUCGAAGAUAUUUUCUAUGAUACACAAUUUCCACGCAACCAGUGGAUCAAUUAUGAUAGAAAGGAUGGGCCACAAAUGUUUGCCUCGUCAUAUGAAGAUAUCGCUACUGGAAUAGAUGACUUUUUAAGUAGCAAUACGAAAAUUGCUGAUGCUAAUGCGAUGUGUAGUACCUACCGUGCUUUCUUUCACGCAACGAAUCAACAAAGCGCCCAAGCUAUUAGUAAGAAUGGAAUCAUGCUUACAUAUUGCAAACGUGAUCUCGAUUUCGGGUCCUAUCCUAGCUUUUACCUAAACCCAUCUAUUGAUCAUGCAAUAGAUUGGAUUAAGAACCGUAGGGGAUUUACCGGAAUUGUUGUGUAUUGGGUCAAUAUGGACAGAAUAAAAAGCAUGGAGUAUCGGGAUCUAGUUUCGGAAGGUGAAGAUUUGUGGAAGAGAGUGGUGGUUGCGUCAAGAUGUGGACAGAAAUCAGCAGUGGACGAUGACGAUUUUGUCUACGGGUACCAGUUAUCGAACCCAAGGGAAGUUCUCUCUAAAUGGGCGAAUUAUGGCGGAGAUGAUGUUGAGGGUUCAUGGCAGAAUGCCGUUCCCCAUGCUCGAUGGUUUGAACCCAUUCGCCAUCUUCAGCUUGCUACUAAGACUCGUAGGGCGGUAGAUCUUAUGGACAGCUAUUGUGUUGGCGUUAUUUAUUUCCAUACAAAACCGUGA